GUGCGAGAGAAAACUUGUAAAGCAAAGCGGCCAUACAAAAUUUGAACACUACGGACCGGCAUGAAGGCUUAUUUUCUUAUCUCGAUUAGCAGCGAUUAAACGAUUCGACGCUUGAAACUCGUCUUCAUUAGCGGCAGAGAUGGCAGGAUCCGACGAAGUCUACUCAGUUACACAAGAAACCGCCCAACUCUCCAUUUCUUCAAAUCGGGGGAACAACCAAAACCAUGAAGAGGCAGGUGAUUACCACGAUGACCACGCUUCAGGCUCAGCUGACAAUAAAUAUGGGGAUGGAUAUGAUGGCCACCACAGAGGUGGGCAAAGAGGCUCCACAUUUAGAAGGGGAGGACGUGGUAACUACAGAGGCCGUGGACGAGGAGGUGGCCAGAGACAGCACCAGCUCUCUAGUGGUGAAGAGGGCGUAGAAGGGCCUUCAAAUUGGAAUGGAAGUGACAGGGAUAGAGGCAAAGGCCAAACCAGACGGUUCUACCGUGGCGGUGGAAGGCAGAGGCCAAAGAGUGAAAAAUCAAGUUUGCUGGACGGGAAGAGAGAGCCUCUCCCUGAUGUUGAGUAUGACAUAGGAUUUGAGGGUGUUGAAGACUUUUGGGACGUUGUGGUCUCUGGCUAUGGCCCUGAUAUGACUGAGGAGGGACUUUGGGAGGUCUUCGGCAGGAAGGAUGUUGCUGACAUUGUCCAGUUCAGGACUGAUGACAUGAAGCCAUACUGCCACAUUUACACAACCUCUCGAAAGAUGACUGAUGAGCUGCUGAAGUGCAACCGUGACAUGUUCCAUGGAAACAUGCUUCACGUUUCCAUCUCUGAGGACAUGAUUGCUCGAAGUGUGUCCCAGAUUCUGAAGAAGAAACCUUCCAAGCCAAAGCAGAAAAGGGCUGGCCCAAGGAGGCCCAGUGAUGCUGAGGCUGAAGAUCAGCCGGCUGAUCAGCAGCAGCAGGACAACUCGGCCCAUUCGUCUGUCAAGGAUGACAGGAACGACGAUGAGUGACCAAAUGAUCCAGAGUCAAGUUUUCCUCUGUUCCAUUCUUGGUGACCAGCAUAACAUUUAUUUUCUUUCUAACAGAGAUUCAAAAAUAUAGUAGCAUUUCUCUUUUUUGCUUCCAUUGGAGAGGAACAAGGGAGACAGUCUGCAUUUUUAUUUUUUAUAGUCGAUUGUGCUGUUCGCUGCCUUUUAAGGAAGAAAUAAGAUUUCCUAAGUUUAAUCAGAAAAUUCCCUUCCAGCCAGCCAUUCCUGUUUGAUUGACAUUGCCAACCUUCUGUAUGGAUACAGCUUCUCUUAUAUUGUGAUAAACGUGAUUUACAUGAAUAUAUAUGAUUAUUAAUAAUGCACUUAUUUCUUCUAAAAAAGUCACACAUGGGAAAUAUACAAAUUAUUAAUUGUUAACUUGCACAUGGUGCAAAUUGAAAUGGGAGUUACGAACUAUUAAAAACAAAUCACC